AUGCUUAUGCAGAGGAUGGAAAAGACGGCCACGUUUGGCAACUAUCGAUACCGCGAGAGCCUCGGGACAUUCAUCACCCAAGCCUUGACUGCAAUUUUGAUUGUGGUAUCCCCGAAUGUCGUGACAAUGGCCUUGACGCAUCCCUCUGGCUCGAGUUGCAACCACGCGAUCGACUUCCCACUUGCGCAGCUCCUACGCCAAGCCAACGCCAGUCCUGAAAACAAGCCAUUUCUUCGCAACCUCCGCAACGUUUAUGUGAUCAACAAAAACGAUAGCACCUGGUCCGAUGGUCGUUUUUAUCUCCCAAUGGACCUUUCUGGUUGCUUGAGGCUAUUUAACAAUCUCCUGUCAAUUGAAUCUGUCGGAGCUGAUUUAAUGGAGGAGGAUCCGAAUGGAAAAUUCGAGUUCAAAGAGAAGUGUUCCAACAUCAGGAAGCUUUCCAUCCAUCACUCGUCGGUUAAUUCUCUCUACCUUGCGAAUCUGAUAUGGUCGUGCAGGAUUCUCAAGGAAUUCCAGUACUCAAUCGGAGGUAGAGCGAGCAGGGAUGGGGGCUUUCCUAUCUUCAACCCUAAAGCAUUUAUCAAAGCGCUUUGCGCACACAAGAAAACGCUGGAAAUCCUCGAUAUCGAUGCGGAAAAUGAAAUAUCUACAUUUGAGAUCGAUGACGAAGAAGAGAGAGAUCAAGAAUUCAAUCACCACGGGAGCCCCUCUGAAUCCGGUAUCGGCGACGAAACUUAUACAUUCUACAAAUCGAUAUGGACAUACGGUGGGUCACUGAAAGAAUUUGUGGCCCUGAAGCGGUUGAGCUUGGGGAUAAACUUUCUGCUAUACUUUGCAGCUGGUGUUAGCGGGGAACCCUACCAGAAAAGGGGAGAGCUCGCUCUGGUGGACUGUCUACCAGUCGGGCUAGAAUAUUUGUGUAUUAGGGGAUACCAGAAAGGCGAGAAGGAGGAGCAUGACCGGCAAAUGGAUGCACUGAUGAAAUUUUGCAAAUCUGGAUCGUCCCAGCUGAAAGAAAUCAAGGGAAUCGAUGAAUUGAUUCCCAAUGCCGAGUCGGUUAAGGACCCAGAUAACGACGAUCAUUUGUUGUGGUCGUUGGAGGAGAUUGGGUAUGAGAGUGAUUAG